AUGGACCGCGGUGCUCAGGAGUACUCGCAGUCAGAUCACGCGUCUGCUGCGCAAUACCCGGUCAAACAAGAAGUCAAUUACCCGACCUCGGCCACCCCUAGCUCGGAAUACAGUGUCUAUCCACCUUCGGCGCGAUCAGGAUCUUUCCCGGACCACAUCCAGCGUUCAUACCAUCCAGCUAGCGGCACCAGCGGCGGCGGCGGUAUGGCGCAACAGCAGAACAAUCCGUCCAUCGCGGCGCCCAGUCCAACUUAUCCCUACGGGCAGCACUCGCCGUAUGCCGCGAAUCCAGACAUGGCACACAGUUACUCUCACCCCAGUGGCAGCAUGUACGCUCAACCGCGUCCGGACUGGACGGGCUACGGACAGCAUGGAGGACCCCCCUUGACACCUGGUCACCCCGUGUAUGCACAAUCGCCGGCCUCGGCACCUCAGCAGAGACCCAACCAGGUUUACUCCUUCGUCCCAAUCCCUGGAGCGCAGCAGCACAAGCGACCGCGGAGGCGAUAUGAAGAGAUCGAGCGGAUGUACAAGUGCGGCUGGAACGGUUGCGAGAAGGCCUACGGCACGCUGAAUCACCUGAACGCCCAUGUGACGAUGCAAUCGCAUGGCCCCAAACGAACCCCUGAAGAGUUCAAGGAAAUCCGCAAGGAAUGGAAGCAGCGAAAGAAGGAGGAAGAUGCCCAGCGCAAGGCCGAGGAGGAGCGACAACGGCAGCAGGCGGCAGCGGCGGCUCAGAACGGCGGCCCAGAGCCUCAAGGACCAGACGGAACGCCCACGACGACAUACCCUGGCUCUCGUCCGGUGCAACUGCCUCCCAUCGGUUAUCAACCCGCACAAUACCCGGCACCGCCAUCUAGCACAGUGCCUCAGCAGCCUUUACCCGACUACAACACCAGCCACAUAUAUCCCAACUACCAACCACAUUCUCCUUACGGCCAAGCACACCAAAGCAUCUACAGCCAAUCAAACGGCGGGCAGCCCCCUAGCCACUGA